AUGAGAUUCAGACAGAAUAAUAAUAAUAAUAAUGAUACCGAUCGAAGGGUUCAAACGAAUCAAUGUUUAGACACAAGAAGUUCUGAUGCCAAUAUUGUGGAUAAUGAUUUCUCCGAUUCACUGUCAUCAUUAGCAUCUUCAGUGGAGAAAACACCUCCAGAAUACAUCAACAACAAACCGUUUAAAUCUAAAAGCACUCAGAGAGGAGUAUAUAUCCCGCCACACAAAUCAAAGCGUGGAGGGUCUAGUUAUAGAAAGAAGGAGCGUGAUCAUCUGAGUGUAACAUUAACACCGGAAGAGCGGGAGAAGAAUAAACAAAGAUUGGCUAGGUUUGGAAGAUCUAAGUCAACUCCUAAAGAAGAAUUUGGGCUAGUAAGCAGAGGAAAUGAUACCAGACUUCGUAAUAAUGAACAUGACAGGGUAGCGUUUUAUCGCCAGAUUUUAUUUCAGUUUGUUCGUUUUUGCUCUUGCAGCACCCCAAAUUCUUUACAUCUAGGUCUAACAAAAUUGCUUAAUGAAGAAGAUUAUCAAAGUUUAGAGAGUCCAGAGAACAAUGCUUCCGAUCCAGAGAAUAUUACCAUGGACUCUAUACUAUUGUCAACUCGAAAAUUGCGUGAAGCUCUUCUUUGUGAUCCGCCAAGUGCAUUUCAUAAAAAAGUCUUUAUGUUUUCGGUUCGUAUAUCUUCGGUUUUGGGCCAUUACCAGACAUACAUACCGAGUAUUAAUUAUCUAAUACUACAUAGAGCAGAAUUGGAUCUUUCUGACCUGGAGUUUGAAGAGAUAGUAACUAUCCUAAUACUUCAUCUUGUACAUUUAAAUGAGAAUAUAGCACAAGCAAUUCGAUUAUUUUUCAGAUACAUCCCCCACAAAAAAGAGAUUUUAACUGUUAUCCAAAGCUGGAUCAACGGGAAUUACUACCAUUGGAUCAGAAUUUACAACGAAGAAAGAAAUGAAGCCAUUCUUUCUUUAAUGAAAUUGGGUCAUGAUAAAAUGGUUUGUCAUCUAAUAAAAACCAUAGGCUGUUGCUAUUACACGUUGCAAAAAUCUGAUCUUGAACAAAACUAUUUGCCGCAUGACUUGAGUUUUGACGAUCUUGUUUCCAAACACAAUAUCAACUGGAAACUCUCUGAUGACGGUAAAACUGUUGUCAUUAGAGAGAGAAGAAAGAAGGUGGUUUCUUAA